AGAAAUAGCAAGUGGGUUGACAAGACUACAUCUUCACCAACUAUGGAGAUUAAAACACCCACUACAUAUCCAUGACUAACACAUACCUCAAUGCGUGGUCUCUUGUUUCAGGGGCGGGUUAGAAGAAAACUAGGUCAGCCAAACCAAUAGGUAGCAUCAGUCCACGAAGUCAUUUGCUGCUGGUCUAAGCUGCGAAGAUAUAUUACGAGAAGUUUCACUCUAUUAUAAUGUCAGAGGAUAGUGAUUUUAAAAUUCUGGAUUACUUGCAUAUGCAACUGAAGCCUGGAUGGACUAAAAAGGGAAUAACUGAAUUUCUGAAAGAAGCAGAAAAGCGCGAAGUUUUAUACACACGAGCCCGUAGAGAUGAUAUGGAGAAGGCAAUCGCUCAAUUUAGAAGUUCUGCUUUGAAUUUCAUCGCCAGACUACCGACUGAGAUACGAAGUAAACCUUACUUUGAUUGUAUCAACCAGUAUAAUGGGGAUACAGGAGCAAAUUUACUUGACCAGUUGGUGUCUGAGGUAAAAAAGCGUAGUCGACUAGAAUGGGAAGAUUCUGUAAAGACUCGUACCGGAAAAAGACCAUGUAGAGGACAUACUACAAGUAAUUGUCGAAGUGCAAAGACAUCUCAAGCAUCCACUAAUCCACACUUGUCACAAUGGCCGUCUAUGCCAUUUAUUUCGGAAGAUGAAGAGUUAACAAAUAUUAAUGAUGUCGGUCAAGUUCCAACUCUAAAUACUUCUCAGAUGAAAUCUGGUAAUGGAAAACGGUUACCAAUUGCUUCGACACCAAAAGUUACUGAACUUGAAGGAUUCAUCCCUCCAUCUACUACUUAUCGAGUAACUCGAUCACGUGCAAUCAAUAACCAAACUUCAAGUACAUGUAAAAUGAAUACAACUCGUGUAACUAACACUAAUAUAAAUCAUUAUACAACAACUAAUGAUACUUUAACCACUAUGGAUAAAACUUUACGACCUAAUUCUACACAAAAAUUAUCUAAAGAAAUGAGAGAUAAAUUAUUAUCAAAGAUUGAUCGUAACAAUAUACAGCUAUCAUCACCGGAAGCACAGCAUCUACGUAAUCUUAUUGUAACACUUCAAGAUGCAUUGAACCGUCAUAUUCAAUCAAGAAGGAAAUGAAAAAGCAAGUCAAUGCUUGACGCAAACUUAUCUCUGUUUUAUAACUUUGUGCAAUCAAUAAUUUGUCCAGAUUUCAUAAGUGUAAAGAAAAUAUGAUAAUUUAGUUGUGUUAAUGUUAUUAUUCAUUGUUUACUGAUAUAUAUAUGUAUGAUAAAGUCUAACUACAAUA